CAUGGGACCAUAUGGACUAAGCAGCGAUGCUCUUUAGACCGACUUUAUGGAUGUUCGGUAACAUUUCUAAAGCGACCAAAUCAAUAUUGACAAAUUAAAUCAAAAGAUGCAAUGGGCCGAAUGCAACAGACUGGCUUUCAGUUUAACAUUAAGCUUUACUCCGCAGUGGAAUGAAUGUAAAUGGCUUUUGUUUGCAAGAGCAUGCUAAUAUGGGUUGUGCAGUAGCAUGUUUUAGGUUGAUUAUUAUCUAAACUGAAAUACAAAAAGGAAUAUAAAUAGAGGACACAGGUGAUGUGUAACGCAUUUGGGUACAAUAAGUAAUCUUAACAAUGACUUUCUGACCAAUGAAAUAACAGGUUUGGAGUCUGACAAAUCUUCAAAUAUGCACAUUAUGCGUCCCUGAACACCAUUUUUGGACUCUAGUGGUGAAGGUGCUUAGGAAAACCAUGCUCUGUCCCAGACUCAUCUGUACGCUUUUUCUAGUUGUGUUGGUCAAUGCUGCAGAACAGAGUGCUUCUGACAAAAGUCCCGGUUGUGUUUGUGGUCACCCCGGCAUUCCUGGAGACCCGGGACACAAUGGAAUGCCAGGUCGUGAUGGCAGAGAUGGGGCCAGAGGUGACAAAGGAGAUAGAGGAACAUGCGGUGAUGUUGGUAAACCGGGGCUGAAAGGAGAUAAAGGAGAUUCUGGUAUUGCAGGCAUAACUGGUCCAAAGGGCAAACGUGGAGAUACUGGGGAACGGGGCCCACCUGGCAAAAUGGGACCCCAAGGCUUUGCAGGGCCACUGGGAUUAAAAGGUCAGAAGGGAGAACUUGGUAUUCCAGGACCACAAGGCAUAAAAGGAGAUGUCGGUCCAGUAGGCCCUGAAGGACCACAAGGAGACAUCGGCAAUAAAGGAGACAAGGGCAUACAGGGUCCAUUGGGGCCUCCCGGACGACCAGGCCCAAAAGGUGAGAUCGGACAACCAGGUAAUAAAGGCAGCAUUGGUGUUCGUGGUGAAAGGGGGUCAAAAGGAGACAUGGGAGAGCAAGGUCCAAAGGGGGACAUGCCAGAGAUACCAAAAAGUGCCUUCUCAGCCAGAUUAAGCGACAGCACCAAAUUACCAGCCGCUAAUGCUCCAAUUCGAUUUGAUAGAGUCCUCUAUAACAGUCAAGGUCACUAUGAUCCUGAAACGGGACGCUUCACGUGUGCCAUCAGGGGAGCGUAUUUUUUCACCUACCAUAUCACUGUCUUCUCUCGCAACGUGAAAGUGGUGCUGAUGAAGAACGGUCAGCGAGUCAUCUACACUAUGGACAGCUACCAAGGUGGUGAGGACCAGGCUUCUGGUGGGACCGUCCUGGAACUGGAAGUAGGCGACAAAGUGUGGUUGCAAGUGGCUGAUAGACAGCUAUACAAUGGGUUGUAUGCAGACGAUGAUGAUGAUACAGUUUUUUCUGGAUUUCUUCUUUUCGCAAGCUAAAGAUCCUGCCUGAAGUCGUGCAAAUAACAGGAAGAAAAUGGAUAACACUUUACAAUAACAGUACAUGAGUAAUGAUGUACUAAUAUGCAAUCUAAGAAACAGAAAUGUGCGCACAUCUAGGAUUCUCAAAGGCAUGUGCUCAAUCAAAAACACAGUGGCAAAAGUUCAAAAGAAAAUCAGCACACUGCCACUUUAGCUCUUCUAAAAUAUAUACCUUAACAACAUUUCGACCUACAUGGGCUUCAUCAGGAGAAGCUAAGUCAACCUGAUGAAGGUUAACCUGAUGAAGACCAUGUAGGUCGAAACGUUGUUACAUUAAAAAUGUUUUGAGAGCUAAAGUGGCAGUGUACUGAUUUUCUUCAGAUCUUUAGCCACUUUGUUAAUAUGCAAAAUAAAAAAUAUUAUGAAAUAAUGAUGCGUUAAUGUAUGCGCGAAUCAUGAACUAACUUUUAACUUUUGUUUUUAAGUAAUGUAUUAAUUAACAUUAAAGUUUAAGCUAAAUGUAUGAACUCAUGAGCUGUUAAUGUAUAAUUAUGUCAUGACAUUACUUAAAGGGCACAUCAUCAUUAACUCAUUCUUAACUAUUGUUAUUUAUAGGGUUGUCACGAUACUGGAAUUCGAUACCAAUUGGUACUUUUAUUUUUCAAUCGUCAAUUUCCUGUGAACAUUUGAGCGCAUUCUUAAACAGUGCUGAAUUGCCAUUAGGCAUGGGCUGGUAUAAGAUUAUAAGGGUAUGAUAUCCUUGGAUAAAAUAAUGAUGGUUUCACGGUAUCACGGUGUUGUGAUUACUGCUCUAAUAUAUAUUCUUUUUAAAUGUCUGGGUACUAAACAAAACAAAAAAAUCCUCUUUGAAAACAAUAUAUUUUAUUUUUAAAAGAUUUAUAAUAUUUUGGAGCAGUAAACAUGACAGGCUAAAUAAUACAAAUGAAUUAGUGACUUCUGCUGUCUUCAUUAGUUUCAAAAACACAGAUUUCUUUACAAUUUAAAACAGCAUCUUCGGAUAUAUUUUCUGCUGGAGAUACUGUUGGACUAAAAAAAACUUUUACACAUACCUUAGGAAUGGUAUUAGAGAAAAUCUUGGUUGUUUUAAAACCCUAACUUUUCCAGACCGGGGUAUACCUUGAAAACGGUUAUCGUCCCAUGCGUAUUUGCCAUUGUAUUCACGUGCUCAACAGAAAUGACUGUGAUUGGCCGCGAAGAUCAUCAGUUCUCUGAACUCACCACUGUUUACUGAGUUUAACCACUGGAACAGGGACACUGCAGCGUUUUAAAUGUCGAUCAGCUGGUUUGUGUAUAAGUUGACAAACGAGUGAUCUGCUGAUAAAUCGCGGCUUUAAAACACUCCAGUGUCCCUGUAUCUGUGAUUACACUCAGUAAACAGUGGUAGGUUUAGUGAACUGAUGACCUUCAAGCCCAAUCACAGUGUUUUUUGUUGAGCAUGUGAACUAAAUGGCAAAUCAGUGCUGUUUACAAACGUGCUCUACAGCAAUAAAACUUUAGCUGAAAAUGGAUAUUUUAAAAUUUCGUUACCGAUUGGUAUCAACUUCCAGUAUAGUGACAGCCCUAGUUAUUUAGUAUAAACGCACUAGUUGGACAUGCAUAAAGAGUUCAUGAGUAGUUAAUAAUGGGUUAAUGAUGAUGUGCCCCUCCAAGUAAAGUCAUGACAUCAAUCUACAUUAUCAUAUCAUGAGUUCAUGAUGGUUAAAUUAAGCAUAAACUAAGGUGGUAAUCAAUACAUUAAUUAACAAACAAGCAUGUAAAGUAGCCGUUAUUCACGCAAAAACUUUUGUGACUCAUGUUGUUGUUAAAGUUAGUUCAUGAUUAGCGCACGUAUUAACUUAUCAUUAGUUUAUGAUAAAGUCUUCAGUUUACAUAUUAAUACAUCAUUAUUCAUGUACCAUUAUUGUAAAGUGUUACCAGAAAAUGUUCAAAAUCAAGAACAAAGCAUAAAUUUAGAGUUGUAAUGAAAAAUAAAUGAAAUCUUCUGUU